UGCUCCGGAGGCGGUGCUCGGAACGCUACCAGGAGGGCGACGCGGCGGUCGCAGCAAUGGGUGCUGGGCCUUCGGGGGUGCGCAUGGGGCUCGGGGAACGGCCGGGAGCGGCUGAAGAGACCGUCGCCAGGACUGGCCCUUGACGCUGAACUGCGGUGGGGUCCCCGCAGGCGCUGCGAGGGCCCUUGAGCGGGAGCGGGGAGCAUCGGAGGAGCCGGGCCGCUGCCGGCCACUUUAGGGGCCCGCCUGACCGUUGGGUGGAUCGACAGUGCCGUGUGGGCACCUCUGGGGGUGGGGUGACCCUCCUGGCACGUUUCGGGGGCCGGGGCGCCUCCGCAGGGGCCGACGCACAUCCCAGGGGUGGCACCGCCGGGGCCCAGCGCUGCCUCGGCCAGCCCCCGGGCGCCCCUGGAUGGCUGAGCUGCCCUCUCGCCGGCCGCCCGGGCGCCGCAGCGGCUGAGCUCGCUGGGAUCGCCGGGCCGCCGCCGCCCUCGCCGCCCCCUGCAUGCCCGGCGCCCGGGUCGCGGCCCACCUGGACGCGCUGGGCCCCUUGGUCCCUUCCGUGCCGCCGCCCCUGCUGCCCUCUAUGUUCUACGUGGGCCUGUUCUUCGUCAAUGUGCUGAUCCUGUACUACGCCUUCCUCAUGGAGUACAUCGUCCUCAACGUGGGCCUCGUAUUCCUGCCCGAGGACAUGGACCAGGCGCUCGUGGACCUCGGCGUGCUCUCCGACCCCGGCUCGGGCCUCUACGAUGCCGACUCGGAGCUCGACGUCUUCGAUGGUUACUUGGAGUAGGCCUGGCCGCUGUCCCCCGCUCUCCCCACGACCCGCGACCCUCGGCCCGGACCGGCGCACGAACCAUGCCGCCGCUGCUGUUUGAGGGCACCGUCUGGCCAGGGAUGGGACUCCCAGGACGAGGCCCUCUUCGGCCUCCGAGGCCUGCCUGCUCCCCUCGAAAGCCCUGUGCCAACAGAGAGGUGCCCGUCCAGACCCAGGAUGGUGGGACAGAGAGAUUGAGACUGGGUGCCGAGGUCCGGAAGGCACGUGCCCCUGCCCAAAGGGUAAGGCAGGGGCGCCCAGAGACCUUGCCCGCCUGCAGCGUCGCGCAAACGGCCUUGCCUUGGCUUCCGAGCUUUCGCCGUUGCAAUGGAUGUUUACAGGAACCCAGCCAGAGUCUGCCUCCCUGCUCUUCACCCCCGGCUGCAUCUGCUUCUCCCACUUAAUCUUCGGAGCGGACACUUCACACACAAAAGCGACUCCCAGCUCUGUUUGAUGCCAGUGGAGCUCUAAGCCCAACGGGGUUUGGCCUGAGGCUGGGCUUAGAUGCAGCCAUUGUUUCAGAGAGUGACUCAGAGGAAAAGAAGAACACCUGGGGGACCGAGGGUGGGGUUUUGACUCAUUCAUUUCAAAUUGUUUGCUCUCCAUCAAGUUGCCAGAACUGAUACAUUGCACCGGGGACAGUGCUCCUCCAGCCAGAAAUAUUUUUCGAAAAUGUGAGUGGUAUGAAUACUUGACCUCGAUAAGCCUGUAAAAGCAAUACUUAGGAGGCUAACUUCUUUCAAUUAAAAAAAUGUAUGCAACU